AUGACCGGACACACGCACAACGACGGAGGGACGGACGGAUGGACGGGUGAAUGUGUGAUUCCAGAUACGGACAGACAAACGAGUAGACAUGGAGACCGACCAGCAAGUCGUGGUUCCUACAUCCGAAGCAUGACAGAAUUGUCUCCGACAGAUUACGUGAAUCCACAGCCCAGUGCAAGUGUGCGCACUGUCCGAGGGCGUGUUGUGCCAGUUUUAGGGGACACAACUCGACACUGGCAAGUCACCGCUGCCCAGUCGAGGCCAUCUGCCUCGUGGAGUUCGGCCGAACCCGGCGGAUUCACACAAACUCACUCCAGCUCGGAUUUCCUUUUACACACACACACACACAUCUACCCCUUCGAGCAUCCUCCGAAACCCAAUCAACGGCUCGAUCGAUGGCCGAGAUUGUAG